CAGUAGAAGAAGAAGAAGGAGGAGGAGGAGCCGUGUGUUUGAAAGUGGCGGGCAGUCAAAACUCAAGCCGUAGCAAGUGGGAAGCGAUUCGCCAUUGCAAAGAAGAAGAAGAAAACAAUAAAUAAUAAUAAUAAUAAUAAGAAGAAGAAGUCGUAGCAAGUAACGUUAAAAAGUAUACGUUUUCCAAGCAGUAUUUACAACUUAACUGUACUUAAUGCUGUUACCGUGAUAGCUCUCGUACAGGAGGAAACGUGAAAAGGAAUAUUGUCUUGCAUCAUCAUGACAAAUGAGGAUGAUAAAGGGAUUCCAGUGCGGGUGGCCUUGAGAAGCCGCCCGUUGGUACCUAAGGAAAUCAACGAGGGAUGUCAGGGCUGUCUCACGUUUGUGCCUGGAGAACCACAGGUGAUUGUUGGCACAGAGAAGGCGUUCACAUAUGACUAUGUGUUUGAUCCCACUGCUGAACAAGAAGAGGUCUUCAACACGUCUGUGUCCCCCUUAUUAUGUGGGCUUUUCAAAGGCUACCAUGCCACCGUUCUUGCUUACGGACAGACAGGAUCAGGGAAGACCUUCUCGAUGGGAGGAACAUACACCUCAGCUCAGGAAACUGAUCCUGUAGUCGGAGUUAUACCGAGGGUGAUCAAAAGGAUCUUUGAGGAAAGGGAUAAGAGGGCAGACUGUGAAUUCUGCCUGUCAGUUUCUUACCUUGAGAUCUAUAAUGAAGACAUAUUGGACUUGCUGUGUCCUUCUAAAGACAAACUUAGCCUCAGCAUUAGGGAAGACCCUAAAGAGGGAAUAAAGAUCGUGGGUUUGACCGACAGGAAGGUGUUCUCUGCCCAUGAGAUGGUGGGCUGUUUGGAGAUUGGCAACUCAGUUCGCACCGUGGGUUCCACCGCCAUGAACGCCGCUUCCUCACGCUCACAUGCCAUCUUCACCAUCACACUGGAGCAGCGCAGAGGCAAAGACAAAGUGGACUCAGUUGUUUCAAAAUUGCACCUUGUGGAUCUGGCUGGUUCAGAAAGGCAAAAGAAAACUAAAGCAGAGGGAGAUCGUUUGAAGGAAGGCAUCAGCAUCAAUCGUGGGCUUUUGUCUCUGGGUAAUGUCAUCAGUGCCUUGGGGGAUGAAAGCAAAAAGAGCAGCUUUGUUCCGUACAGGGACUCAAAGCUCACCCGUCUGCUUCAAGAUUCGUUGGGAGGCAAUAGCCACACUUUAAUGAUUGCGUGCAUCAGUCCUGCAGACUCCAACAUGGAGGAAACAAUCAACACUCUGCGAUAUGCUGACAGAGCGCGCAAGAUAAAAAAUAAACCUAUCGUCAACAUUGACCUCAGAGCUGCAGAAAUGAACCAUCUCAAACAACAGGUUCAGGAGCUGCAGGUGAUGCUUCUGCAUGCCCGGGGAGGAGUGGGUCCGGUGCUCUCUGGGCCAGAGUCCACGGAGAAGGUGAGCAAGCUGGUGGAAAGGAAUCGCUCCCUGCAGGAUGACAACAACAAACUGUGCAGGGAGCUGAGCGAGGCAGCUGGACAGACUGCCCUCAUGAUAGAGAAAAUCAUCAUGACGGAACAGGAAAAUGACAAACUGCAAAGCAGGAUGGAGCAACUGGGGCAACAUGCAGCAUGUACGGUGGAUCUUCAGAAAGUUCUGGAGACAUUGGAGGACCAGGAGUUGAAGGAGAACGUUGAAGUAAUGAGAAACCUGCAGGACAUUAUCUUGGAGCUCAAGAGUGAGAGUGAAGGCAUCACUGCCUCCAUCGAUGCUAUGGCUGCAGGAGACGGAGCUGAGGUGUCUGGGAAUGGCAGUAGCAAUGACGAUCCAGAUGGCACUGGCAUUGAUGGAAAGCACUCCCCAGAAGGCUUUACAACCCAUCAUGCUCUGCGGCAGGCCCAGCUUUCCAAGGAACUGAUAGAGCUGAACAAAGUGUUGAGCUUGAAGGAAGCCUUUGUGCGGAACAUGUGCCAGAAUGACACCCAGCUCGAGCCGAUGCAGUUAGAGCACCAGAAAAACUUUCAUAGUCUGCAGACUUCGGUGGAUUCGCUGCAGAAGGAGAAAGAGGAUCUCCUUCUUGCACUGCAGUCUGCAAAGAAAGACACCAGCCAGGCUAAGCUCAGCGAGCAGCGCCGGAAGAGACUGCAGGAGCUCGAGAACCAGCUGGUGGACAUGAAGAAAAAACUUCUGGAUCAGUCCAAAAUGCUCAAACUCAAGGAGACCUCCGUGAAGAAAGUCGGCAAUCUCAUGCAUGAGAUACAGGCGAUGAAGAACCAGCGUACGCAGCUGAUGAGGCAGAUGAGGGAGGACUCUGAGAAGUUCAGACAAUGGAAGAGCAUGAAGGAUAAGGAGGUGCUGCAGCUAAAGGAGAAGGAUCGUAAACGGCAGUACGAGUUGCUUAAACUUGAGAGGGAUUUUCAGAAACAGGCCAGUGUUCUGCGUCGUAAAACUGAAGAGGCUGCAGCAGCAAACAAGCGGCUGAAAGAUGCCCUGCUGAAGAGAAGUGAGGUAGCAGACAAACGCCACAGAGGAAUAGAGGGAGCUGCUACACGAGUUAAGAAUUGGCUUCUCAAUGAAGUGGAGGUGAUGGUCAGCACAGAGGAGGCCCGGCGCCACCUCAACGACCUGCUGGACGACAGGAAGGUGUUGGCCCAGGAGAUCAACCACCUGAAACAGCAGAUGGAGGCAGGGGACCGGCCUGCUGCCAAAAUCAGGCGCCGGACCCUGAUCAUCUCUGAGCUGGAGACCCAUGGGGCGCUGGAGGCGCCUCUGACCAAACAGGUGGAGAACCUGGAGACAGAGAUGGCCCUCAGGAAUGCCCAGAUAGCCGACCUUCAGCGGAAAGUCCUCGUCGCCGACAGCGAGGGGCGCAUGAAGCAGCGCUUCGACAGCAUCACAAGCAUCGUGGAUGCCAAGUGUGCCCUUAAGCUCCUCGUGUCUGAGCUGGUUUCUGCGAAAACCGUCAGUGGCAAGCUGGAGAGCGAGCUAAAACAGGAGGCGGGGAAUGCUCAGGACCUGAGGAAGACCAUGGCUGACGAGAGGAACGUCAUGUCCACCAUGGACAUGGAGCACCAGGUGCAGAUGGUGGAGCUCGAGCAGAGGCAUCAAGAGAAGGUCCUGUACCUCAUUAACCAAAUACAGAACAAAACCAUAUGUGAAGAGUCGGCCGAAACAAAGGAGGAAGAGGAGAGCGCCAAGGAGAAGGAACUGUUCCAGCGCCUCCAAAUUCAGGAAGAAGAGCUUGAAAAGCUACGAGGAUUAAGAGAGCAGCACCAGGCGCUGUUGGAGGAGAAUGAGCAGUGUAAACAGAAAAUCUCUUUGCUCAACCUGGCCAGUCAUAAGAACGUCCUCAUGCCUACGGCCACCAACGUUGCCAACAAUGCAGACGACUCGUUUGAGUACGUUCCUCCAAAGCCCAAAGGGAAGCGCUUUACCACCACAGCCAAGGUGCAGCAGGACAUCGACAUCGACAUGGACGAGCUGACGUCCGACGAUGAGGAUGAACGGAAUGAGGAUGAGUGGCGCCCUGUGAAAGCUGGGACCCGCAGAGCCUCAAAAAAACCAAAAGCUACGGGGUGUGCGUGUAAAGGUCGCUGCAGUAACCGCUUAUGCAGGUGCCGUAAAGGGAAGAUGAGCUGCGGGGAGAACUGUCAGUGUGGCCGUGAGAAGUGUCGAAAUAUGGAUCCCGAGAAUGGAAGUCAGGCAGACAGUGUUCCCAAAGACUCUCUUCAGGAUCCCACUUCCGUCAGCCCGGACAACAGCACAUUCUUCAAGCCGCCAUCUUGUACACCCACUAAGAAGGUGCUAAAAGAACUCGGUGACAUGGGACACACCACUGCAGACCUGAAGCUGGCACGGAAGCCUCUCCUGCCAGAGGGGGAGGAGGAGGAGGAGGACAUGGAGGACAUGGAGGAGGACAGAACAACAGCCAGCUUCCUCAAGAAGAAGAAACGACUCCUGCCCAGCUGUCAGAACAGCUUCUUCUCUCUAUGCACUCCCAUCAGAGAGGAGUCUUAAUCAGGGUAGUUUAACAUGAAAGUAGCUGUUGAUUCUUAGUCACUUUUUUUCUGUCGAAUAACAAAAGGACUGUGAAUAGAUUUGCAUCUUUUACUGGAAUAUACAAUGAGAUGAUCGAGUAGCCUGUACAUAGUGUUUUAGUUUAAUGUGAUGGAUGAUAUUGACUUUAUAGUAAGACUUAGUUUACUUCGCUAAGUGGUAGGACACCAAUCUACAGUCAAGCUGUUUUACUAUUCCACACAUUUUAACACAACAUAGAACAGCCUUUUAAUGUUUUCACUCUGACCAGAGCUGAAUAAAGUCUUACUUUCCAAUUCUGUUUUUAAAGAAUAAACAGUUUAAUUGUU